AGGCACCUUACAGCUGAGGAGCUUCUUGACAACAUCCAUGACCUCUGCCAGGUCUGUCUCUCUAGGUCGAUGGCGAGAAAGCUGCAAGCAACACCAAACAGGCACAUUCUGAACAGGCACUGCACUUGUUAAUUGAAAACCAGAAACAGACAGAGAUCAUUUUAGGACACAGUGGUUGAGAGAUUACAUCAGUGAUGUCUAAGCUCAUCAGCAUGCUGAUGUAAUGAUACAGUGUGAAGGUGGCUUGAGGAUGAAGCAUAUAUGUUAUGUGUUGCAGGAAACACCCACAUCAGACCUUCUCUGCCCUCGUACAAAAAACAUGUCUUCUAACCUCCUGACUUGACUUCUGAGCUGGGAUGGAUCAUGUGGGAUUUGGCAGUCAAAAGAUCUUUAUGGUGAAUGUUUAGCUUCUUUAACAUGAUGAACUUUGCUUUUUCUGCUAUACAGUUUGCUGAUACAACUACAACAGGCCAAAAGAGCUUUUUGUCUUCACAUAUCACUGUAUAAUGUUGUCUGUGCUGCAGCCUAAGGCCAAUAUCACUGAUAAUGUGGAGUAUCAAACAUUGCAGGAGAUAAUGUUGCUUGGUGUGUUAUCCAUAGGGUCAAGCUGUUCUUUCCUCUACAUUAACUUUGUUUUGCUGUUCACGUUGAGGAAUAAGCAGGUGUUUUGUGAGACAUCUCGUUACAUUCUGCUGUAUAAUCUGCUCUUUGCAGACACUGCUCAUCUGGUCUGCGACGUUCUGCUUUACUUGCUGGCAGCUUUACAGACAAACAUCUCAUAUUAUGCGUGUGGUUUCCUCAUUGUGUUCUCAGAUUUCACAGCCCCGAUCUCUCCUCUCACCUUGGCUGUGAUGUCUCUCGAGAGAUUUGUGGCUGUGUGCUAUCCACUGCGACAUGCUACCAUCUUUACUGUGAGAGCCACGGGCAUGGCUGUUGCUCUGGUGUGGGCUUUCAGUUUUAUUUACAUUCUCAUUCGAGUUUUUAUGUUGUUCUAUUUGUUAACAUUAAUCUCCCUGAAUCCACACAUGAAUGACUUCUGCUCUAAAGAAUCCUUUUUCUUUGCACCAGUGUUUAAUGACUUUGAAGUAGCAUAUGCCAGUACUCUCUUUCUGUCAGUGGGUGCAACAAUCGUGGCCUCCUAUAUUGGCGUAGCGCUGGUAGCCAGGUCUGCCUCCACAGACAAAGCCUCAGCUAAAAAGGCUCUUCAAACGCUUCUGUUUCACCUGAUUCAGCUAAGCCUGGCUCUUGCCUCCACCUUGUUCUCCACCAUCAUUGCAGCCAUCAUUUUAACAGUGGGGAGGUUAGCCCUUUUGCGCAUUUACGCUUUAUGCUUUGUGUGCUUUAGUAUCCUGCCAAGGUGCCUGAGUUCUCUCAUCUAUGGACUCAGGGAUCAAACCAUCAGACCGAUACUUAUGCAAAACCUGUGCUGUGGCUGGAGAUGCCUAAAAAAAGCCAAUAACAGUUUCAAGUGAGUCAGUAAAGACUCUUCAUCAUAAUGAUUUAUGUUUAUGUACCAUGUAAAAAAGUGAUGAAUGGAAAAUAUAUAUAAUAGAAAAUAUUUGAUUUUUUUUAUGA